UGGAUCGGAUCGGAUCGGAUCCGAGCGGAACGGAACAGUACUACGGAACGGAUAUAUCUUUUUUUUCGCGGCAAUCGUGCAGCGGAGUUGGCGAGGCGACAUCCGACGGAUGGCCAUACGUGCUGUCGGGGUUUAUGCUUCUGUGCUUCGUCUGGUUCUCCAAUGUAAAAAUAAAAUUGCUCCAAUAUGUGCGCGCAAAACGGCUUUUGAAAUAUUUUCAAUCUCAAAAAGAAAAAAAAGAAAAACCUCCCAGUGCGUUUUGUCAGGGUCUUUGGAUUCACGGAUUUGGAUUUGUAACGCUGGCGUGGUAUCGGUAUUAUUAUUGAACGGAUUUCGAAGCAGUUGAGCAUGAAAGUGGUGUGCUUGAUAUUCGAAUUCCUGACGGUGGUCCAACUGCUGGCUGGAGCUCAGUGUGGACACGUCCAGGAGGCGAAGAGGUCAAUAAAUGCCGAAAUACGGGACGCGAUGGGUCACCAACGGCAUCACCAUCACAAUAAUCAUCAUCCUUCGUAUCAUGGCUCUCACUGGGUGAAUGGUCACCGAGUGCACCGCAUGCGGAUGCCGCAGCAUCAGCGCUGGAGCGGACGCAGGCGCUCCAUUAGCCACCACCAGCCCUUCAGCCGGUGGUCACAGUGGACCACCUGCGAUGCGGACUGCAUCCGGCGGCGGGAGCGAUUCUGCAAGGUGAAGCGCAAGUGCGGACACACCAAGCAUGUGGAGCAGAGCAAGUGCCGGCAUUGCCAUCCUGCACCUCCUAUUCAAUGGCAGCCACCGGUGGUGGUGCACCAGGAGCACACCCGCGAUAUUAGCCAUCCACAGCCACUGCCACCACCGCCGCAACCGUCCAUAAUUAUUAAUGCAGCGGCUGCGGCCUCAAGUGGUCCAACUGUGGAUUAUCGGCAUACUGAAUACAGGCCACCUCCAGCACCACUGGCACCUCUGGCACUCCCAGCUCCUGUAGCUCCUGUAGCUGCCUAUCCAACAAAUCCUCCAGUUCUUUAUACAAAUCCACCUCCGACUCCUUAUCCAACUCACCCUCCUAUUACCUACCCAACUCAUCCACCAACGCCUUAUCCAACGCCUUAUCCAACUCCCCAUCCAACUCCCCCUCCACUGCCACCUAUUCCGCCAAGAGAACCCGUUGAAACGUUUCCUAAGGCUCCACGAUAUCCCGCCAAAGAUGUCUACAGCGAGGAGGAUUCUGGGGAGGAUACAGAACCGGUACCAGAACCCGAUGAAGACUUUAUUAACUCCGAUGAGCAGGGUGACUUCUUUGUUUUGAAGCACCAUCGUCACAGGAGACGUAAGAAUCAUAGAAAGAAGUUCCAUAGAGGACCUCCAAAACCAGACUACGAUGACGAUGACUUUGUGGAUUUCGCGGAAAGAAAGUCCUUGACUACGAAGAAUAUAAUCGAAGAUAGCAGCGUAGAGGGAGACGUCUUCCAGUAUGAGGAUUUCGAUUUGGAACCGGACACUAUUUACCCUGAUUCCGAGGAAUCGGACACGGAAUUCCGGAAUAUCAGUUGGGUGCAGCCUCCCAAGGAUGGACUCGUUUUGCGGCGACGACGCAUCUACUCCAAGUGGAGUCGAUGGACCCGGUGUUCGCCCAAGUGCACCACCAGAAGAUAUAAAAAAUGCCGCAUUAACGAUCAGUGCGGACGAGAGGUUCUCCGGGAGAUUGCCUACUGCUACACGGAGGGCAGCUUCUGCCAGCAAUGGUUGCAGACACAGUUCCAGAAGACGCCCGCCUUUGAGACCAGGCCAGGCUCUGGCUCACCGGCCAACGCCAUGCGGCGAAUGCAAUCGGUGCAGCCAGAGGAGUCCAUCAACGAUCUGAACUACAUAAUGGCGGGCAAGGGCUACCGGGGACCGGAGUACACACCAAUGAAGCUUACCUGCGGUAUUGUGCGCUCCUCGGGACGCAGGAGCAUGUCCAACAUGCUGAAGAUCAUCGGAGGACGGGCUUCGCGCAAGGGUGAGUGGCCGUGGCAAGUGGCCAUUUUGAAUCGCUUCAAGGAGGCCUUCUGCGGCGGAACACUGAUAGCUCCACGAUGGGUCCUAACAGCAGCCCAUUGUGUAAGGAGAGUGCUUUAUGUUCGAAUAGGAGAACAUAAUUUGGAUUACGAGGACGGCACUGAAGUGCAACUGAGGGUAAUGAAGAGCUUUAUACACCCCAACUUUGAUAAGCGAACCGUGGAUAGCGAUGUGGCACUGCUUAGGUUACCCAAGCCGGUCAAUGCCACCAACUGGAUUGGAUACUCCUGCCUGCCGCAGCCUUUUCAGGCUCUGCCCAAGAAUGUGGAUUGCACGGUUAUUGGUUGGGGCAAGCGUCGGAAUCGAGAUGCCACCGGAACCAGUGUGCUCCACAAGGCCACCGUGCCCAUAAUUCCCAUGAACAAUUGCCGGAAAGUGUACUACGACUACACCAUUACCAAGAACAUGUUCUGUGCGGGCCAUAAAAAGGGUCACAUCGACACCUGUGCCGGAGACUCGGGUGGCCCACUUUUGUGUCGUGACACCACGAAGCCCAACCAUCCGUGGACCAUCUUUGGCAUCACCUCAUUCGGCGAUGGAUGUGCCCAAAAGAAUAAGUUUGGCAUCUAUGCCAAGGUGUCCAACUAUGUGGACUGGGUGUGGUCGGUGGUCAAUUGCAAUGGCAACUGCAAGAUGCAGUAGCUCCUUGGGCUGGGGUGGGUACUUGGUAGUGGCGGACUCGAGUCCGUUUUAAGUUGCAGAGGCUGUGAAAAUAAAAACUAAUAUAUAUAUACACUCUAAGUGUCCGAUCACAAUUCAUGAUGUGCUCAUUAUUACGAUCCUAAAGUUAGAUAACUAGAAGUUAUAAGGAUUUAGAGAACAAAGUUGGAUUUAAAUGUAGACAAGAGCCAAAUAUUUAUAUGUAAUUAAAUCCCUGAAAGACACCCACUAAUUUCUGAUGUUCUUUGGUGUUAUCUUUAUAUAAUGUUUUUUGCAAUAUCCUUUUUAUGUAUAUAAUUAAACUUUGUUACUAUAAAUUAUGAUAAAAUAAAUUCUCAAAGUGUUAGAGUUAUCUUAAGCCCAAACUCAAAUUUGAGAUUAAAGAAGGAAUAAUUAAUAGAAACCCAACUAGUUGAAACCCCCUUGUUUUCACUCAUAUUAAAAUAUUAAAUAGUAUAUUUAGUUGGCAGCAAUAAUAACCAGAGCGUUCUUAGUUUAACUUUCUUACUAGGUUCUAUUAAAAAUAAGAUAGAUGGAUCUAUUGAGCGGUUUUAUCCUUUAAGAAUCAGCCGAAGAAAUGAUUAUUUGCGAAUUUUGAUAAAAACUGAAUGCUAGUUACAUCUAAUGUAAAUAAUACAAACUUAGCACCUUCUAAUCUUACGCUUACGUCCUGAAAAUUAACUACUUUCUCUUAAAAAUAUUGAAAAUAAUUUCUUAAU